AUGUCUAAUCUUCAUGCACCAACUAUUCCUUCAGGGCCUACUAGCGCCCCAGCCCAGAAUGGGCAGACCAUCCAGCGCACUAUGGCGGAGCUCCAACAAAAGAAAGCGAAUAUGGAAGCAGAGUUACGAGCGCUCAGUGGCGUUCUCGACUCACAUGGGGUUGACAUGAACACCCCUCUCCUCACCCCCGAUGGCUAUCCGAGAGCAGACAUCGACGUUGCUCAAAUUCGAACAACAAGAUCUAGAAUCAUUCAUCUCCGCAACGAUUAUAAGGCGCUGAUGGAUGCCAUCGAAAGCCAGAUUCAUGCGCACUUUGCCAGUAUUCCAGACGAGCAGCCAGCCCGAAACGAGCAAGGCAGCGAUCCAGAACCAAUCCUUCGAGACUAUGUCGCCCCUGCUCCGCCCCCGGAGGCCUUUGCAAAGGUAAAUACAGUUGUCGAUGGCAGCCCGGCAUCUUUGGCAGGGCUCAAGCCAGACGACGAGAUCCGGGCCUUUGGCUACGUAAACCACUCGAAUCAUGACGGUCUCAAAAGGUCGCAGAGUGCGUUCGUGGAAAUGAAGGGAAAACGGUUCUCGUCAAGGUAUCAAGAAAAGUGGAAGGAGGACGGGAGGAACUUCAGCUCUCGCUGA